AUGCAGCAGGACCCGUCCACGUCUUCUCCCACCGUUUCGUCUCCAUCCUCCCGCAGCUCAUCGUCGCCGCCGACAUCCGUAAAUAGGACUCCGCGCACCAAUGCCACUAAUACACUCGUUCUGGCUCAAUUGCCAAAACAGUUUUUCGACCCAGUCGUGAUGGCGGCUUUGCGCGAACAUUUUGAGGCCGUCGCGCCUGUACACUCUUGGGCGCCUAUACGAGCUUUCGGGCGGGUUAUUCUUGUCUACCAUGAAGAGGAGGCGGCGGAGGUGGCCAAGCUCAGUUGUGACGGUAUCGUCAUCGAUGCGACGAGCUCAACACCUCAAUUUACACUACGAGUAUUCCGCGCCGACCCUACACCCAUCGACAUGUCCGACGCCGACAAGCACCUCCACCCCCCAGCCAUCGAGAAGAACUUCCUAAUCUCACCACCCGGCUCCCCACCCAUCGGCUGGGAACCAAUCAAAGAAGACCCGCCCAACGCCACGCCGCUCGCCCAAGACCUCAUCCACGCGCUCGAGAAACUGCAGCUCGCACAGGCGCAGGCUUCCGGCCCCGCGCUGGUGCACGAGAGCGAGGACGACGGCGUGGGGAUCAGCGUUUAUGUUGAGGACUGCGAUUCGGGCGAACGGGCGCUGGCGGAGGAGCGGGAUUGGGAGUAUGGGAUGAAUAAUCCUGGGAGGGAGGCGGUGUGGAGGCCGAUGCCGACGGCGUUGCCGCCGAUGGGGGCUUGA